AGAUUGUUUUUCUGAAUGUAUCCCUGUGCGAAUUGCAGGACACGAGUGCAAGCCCAUGAGUGUAACCGAUCGCGUUUAUUGCAUGUUGCAGGUCGGACGCACGACUCGACUUACAUUCUGUAUAGAUUAGGCGAGCGACUGUCUACCGGCGCCAGAUUAUACGUGGAGACCGGCAGAGCCGAUGGACUCGACACGGACGGCGACUCGCCCAAUAGCCUGCACUCUUUCACGGGCCCGCCGAUACCUCAGGGCGAGGGUACGAGCGUCACCCGGGCCUUUUUGGACGGCAAUCAUACUCUGAUAAGCAUUAUGGCGCGCAUCAAUCCCAGCCCCGAUUGGUUCGUAGGCGUGGAUUCCUUCCAACUGUGCGUCGAGGGCAAUUGGGUCGAUACCGUUACCGUGGAGCUCGACCCGCUGGAUGGGGGCACGGAUAACGGCUUCACAUUCACGGCUGCCAACUGGCCGACGCAGCCCCAAGGAAUCGCUUACAGGAUCACAUCCCGAUAUCCGGCGCAUCCCGCGGGAAGCUUCUAUUAUCCGAAUUUACCUCGUCUACCGCCGAUAGCUACCCUCACAUUCACCAAGCUGCGCGAGUACACCCUGACCGAAUCGUAUCACGAAGACGACGUCGAAGUGGAAUUCGUCAGCAACGACAAUCUGCAAGCGAACAGCGAGGCUCCCAGAGGAAUCGAUCCGAACAGGGACCUAAACGAGGCCAUAGCCGAGGAACGGAGGGAAAUGGACACCCAGAGAUACAGAUACUGGAGCACGACCGGAAGCGGUCAGCAAUACGUGACGGACGUUCCGCGGGACAAUAAGGCGGCGAUCAUCAACAGCAUCGCCUCGUCGUACGCGCUGCAGAGGCCGAGGUUCGCCGUGACCCCGGUGCCCCGUAACACAAAGGUCACCGACGGCAAAACGCGAUACAGCGACGGGAAGUCCGACUGGCCGUAUUACCAGACGUACAGGCAAACGGCGGAGGCGCAGAAGGCGCAAAUUUUCGAGGACAUCCAGAGGAAGAUGGUCAACGCGUCGAGCGUGUCGAGUAUGGCUUACCCGUUCAUGAACACGACCAACAUGGCGGAUCAGCACCAACAUCGACUCAGAAUGAAACACCACGGGUUGGCGUCCAAGGGCAAAAGAGUUAGAACACGUGCACCCAGAGAUUGCAAGGUCGGCGAAUGGGGUCCGUGGAGCGCGUGCAGUCGCAGCUGCGGGGUAGGCGAGACCCAGAGGACGCGGAAGGUCACGAUAAAGCCACGUCGAGGCGGCACACCUUGUCCGCCGCUGAAGGAGACCAAGUGGUGCGGCAGCGUCAACCCGUGCUCGGAGAGCAAACCGAUCAUAGACUACCAUUGGUAGUCGUCGUCCGCGUCGGUCCCCUUCCACGAACACGUGUACCAAAGUAACCCGCUCGCGGACGAAAGGUCGAGCGGGCAGACGGUAAUUUUCGGCGAGGGCGAGGCGAGCGAGGAGCGCGACCGCGACCGAGAGAUACGCGCCGCGACGAGGGUGAUUAACGGCGACAGGAUGCGAAGGGACGCGACGGGAUUCGAUCGGUGAAGGAGGGUCCCGCUGCGCGACAAAACAACACGAAUAUCUAUCGUAUCGGGAGUCAUGUCACGAUGAUCGAAGAACGUACUCGCACGGCAGACGUUUGUGCGCGAAGUCCGUUCCGAACGAUCCGUGAUUCGCGACAAAACUCGGCAUCCUGUCCAAUUUUGCGCGCCGAAUUGUGAAUGAAAUGUAAAGCGUCGUUAUAGAUAGAAGAAGAGUCCCGCGUCACGUAAUUGUAUGCAGACGGAUGAUAUUUGUAUGCGACAGCGAGUGCGAACGAACGCGAUUGUAUAAAUACUUCCCCCGUUAAUUCCUUAUUUUUAGAUUCGUCUCUCUCUCUCUCUCUCUCUCUCUCUCUCUCUCUCUCUC